AUGACAACACGCAGACGCCGAGGGACGGUUCUAGCUGCCUUGGUGGUCGCAGUAAUCUUCAUCUAUGUGGCGCUGCUUCAAGGCUUCAACGGCCACCAGAACGAUGCUGUCAAAGUCACAGAGGCACUGUGGGAGCCUGAAGUCGCUACUACUCAAGCCACCAUCCAGCCCGAGUUUUCCGAGCCGGUCGCCAUGCAGCCAAUGCCGGUCUCACAACCCACACGGGAUCUGCUCCAGGUCAUCGAUCCUACCGCUCAGGCGGCGAAAAGCUCAGUGGUGGUGAAUGAUCAAGACGACGAGCUCGAGGUCGAGGAGGAGGCGGCGCAACAAGACCCCAUGAUCGAGGUUGGUGCAAGUCCACAGCCAGCCGACCGUGUUUGUAUUGGAUCGCCAGCUUUCAACGCCUCCGAGCUCGAGACAGUUCCACAGGCAGUCCAAUGCCUGCUGGAGAGUCCUCGAUUCUAUCCGGUACUCUUCGGCUUUUCUCAGCAGUCCGAGACCACGACUUCGCUUUUCAACACUUUUCUGGAGCAGGGCAAAUUUCGGCUCACAAUCGAUCGACGGGAAGUUGACAUCACCACUCCAAUCGAUUGGCACAUGAAUCCCUUCAAGGAUCGCACCUGGCAGAUGUGGUUUCAUUCGUGGAAAGAAUUGGUCGGACUGCCUCUGUUCGAGUACAAGAGCCACCCAGACAGGCCAGAGCUAGUCCGCUUCGCCAAGGUGUUUGCCCUCGACUGGUGCGAAAAGUUUGGCGCGACCAGACCAGAACGGUUUGCUUCCAUUCCCAAAGGCAAGGAGGGAGACCCGCAGUUCCCGAUCAAGGCCUACCUGUGGUACGACAUGGCGGUCAGCUCAAGGGCAACACAACUUAUUAACCUCCUGCGUCUUGGCGCGCAUGCAGGACCCGAUUACCUGUCCGAGACCGAAUUCGCCGCACUCGCUGCUUGCCAGCUCGAGCAUGCCUACUAUCUCGCUGCGAACGACACCUACGCCUGGUACAAUCAUGGGCUAUUCAGCGACAUGUCUCUGUUCUUCAUCUCGCGCGACUUGCCGUGGCUCCAUCCCAACACCACAGCCUGGGGCGAUCUUGCCAUCUAUCGCUUCGGAGCCAACGCUGGCGCUUCCAUUGACGUUGCGUCUGGCAUGCACCUGGAGCACUCUGUCUCGUAUCAAAGUGCUAUGAUCAACCUGCUAACUGUGGCCGACGAGGCGAACGUGCUUGGCCAUACGAGUCUUGGCGCGGACAUCCUGCAAAAGAUGCGGCGAGCUCUUGUGUGGAUGCUCACAACCGACGACGAGCAGUCCAUGCCGCUGGUUGGCGAUACGUCUGCAGAAGAGUUUGCGCAUCGUGCCCAGUACGAGCAUGAGGACGGACUCGCGCCCGCAAUCAUGAACAAGGGCGGGGCGGCGAUUGUCAAGCAGCUUUCGACUCGCAGUCAUUUAUUCAUGGUCGCUUGGUUUCACUCGUGCACUCACAAGCAUGCUGAUGAGCUGUCGUUCGUGCUCACCGAGUUUGGCCGGCAACUCGUCGUCGACCUUGGCAAGCUCACAACGGAGUGA